CUGAUUGUGAUUGCACACACACAUGCACUCACACACACACACACGUAUGCACCCACACAGAGCAUUGGUUGCUGAGAGGUAGGACUGCAGCAGCAUGCGCCAACGGCGCUGGAGCUGCUCGGGUAGCGGGAGGACGGCGAAGUGAAGCGAGGAGAAUGUUGUCUGCCGUCUCACGUCAGCAUGCAUCAUUGGCGCGGUAGCAAUGAUGCAUUUCAAGAGCAGAUAGCUUCUGUUCUCCUGCCUCCUCUGCACUGCCUCUGCAUCCUCUUCUCCCUGCUCCUCCCACUCCAACUCUUCCUCCUCCUCCUCAUCCUCCUCCCGUCUACUGCUUCACUAGACAGGACUAUAGAUUGACCAGGACUAGCAAGUGCUGGAUGAUCAGGUUUGCGCCGGCUGGGGAGAUUUCUCUGUGGCUACAUCUUCUCUCAUCCCUUGGAUUUUAAUUGACAUUUUGAGGCUAGAAGACAAGUGGCCACCGGCAAGAUAUCGUGGUUGUGUGUGACACUCCUCAGCAGCGUUGCUAUUGGCUCAUUUCCUUGUUUUUUGCUGCUUGUUUUUGCCUUUCCUGGCUAGCAGGCACUGCAGCAUCAGGACCGCAAGACGGAUGAAGUAGUAGGGCAUGAGGACCCUGGGCCAUCCAAACCAAGGGCUGGAGUGCUUCCAUUGCUACCACUGCUGAGCUGAGCGACUGGGACAGAGGGUGAAGAGAAGAUGCUUAUGGCCCGAGACACGGCGCGAGAUGAGGCUCAAAAGCUACACAGGAAGUGGCUGAAGCACCAGGCCUUCAUGGCAGAACUGGCCCGGAACAAGGAAUGGCUGGCCAAGAUAGAACAGGAGGGCCAGGGGCUGAUCCAGGAGAAGCCCGAGUUGCGCACAGUUGUGCAGCAGAAGCUGGAAGAGAUCAGGGAGUGCUGGUCUGACUUGGAGAGCACAACUAAAGCCAAGGCUCGCCAGCUCUUUGAAAACAACAAGCCGGAGCCAGCGGUGAAAAGCUACUCGGACCUCGACAACCAGCUCUCCCACUUGGAGCGCCAGCCCCCCCAACUCGAGCAGGCGCAUCAUCUGCCCACGUUCAAUGAGCAGCUCCAGAAAUUCCAGGCUAUGGAGUCUCAGUUUGGUGACAUUUACAAGGAUGUUGAGGAACUGGGUAGCUUGCAGGGCGUUUGCCUUCCCCAGCGAGGUCUGAUGGCGGGUGACAAGGAGGGCGCUGAGCAGUCAGGCAUGGUGGAGACCCGCAUUGUUCGCCUCAUUGAGCCCCUGAAGGAGAGACGCCGCAUCCUGCUGGCUUCCAAAGAGAUGCACCAAGUGGCUCAAGACCUGGAAGACGAGAUGCUUUGGAUUCAAGAGAGGCUUCCACUGGCAUCGUGUAAGGAAUAUGGAAAUAAUCUUCAGAGUGUGCAGCAGCAUGUCAAAAAGAACCAGACUCUCCAGAGGGAGCUGACAGGGCGGCGAGCUCGCGUUGAGGAGGUUCUGGACCGAGCGGGAAUCAUUGCAUCGCUCCGCACUCCCGAAGUGGAGUUUGUGCGUGAAGGGGCCGGCCAUGUGCGGCAGCUUUGGGAGGUGUUGCAGUUGGAGCUGGAAAGGAGAUGUGUCAUUCUGGAUGCUGCACUCCAGGCUCAACAAUACUACAGUGAGGCAGCCAAAGUGGAGUCCUGGUUGUCAGGUCAAAAACUCCAGCAGGCCAAUGACGAAAAAGGCACAGAUGAGGCGAGUACCCUGCAAUUGUUGAAGACUCACCUGGCUCUCGAGCAGACGGUGGAAACGUACGCAGAGACCGUGGGUAUGCUCUCGCAGCAAUGCCAGCAGCUGCUCGAGCUCGGACACCCGGAGAGUGAGCAAAUCACCAAGCAGCAGUCCCACAUAGACAGACUCUAUGUGUCUUUGAAAGACAUGGUGGAGCACCGGAAGGUCAAGCUGGAGCAGCAGUACUGGCUUUAUCAGCUCAACAAGGACGUGGAGGAAUUAGAGAAAUGGAUCACCGAGCGUGAGGCUGUAGCAAGUUCCACCGAUCUUGGCCAAGACCUGGAGCAUGUUACGGCACUUCAAGAAAGGUUUACCAAAUUUGCCUCGGAAACAAACGGCGUUGGUCAGCAGCGGAUGGAGCAGGUGAACAAAAUGGUGAACGAAAUGAUCGACUGCGGUCAUUCGGAUGCGGCAACCAUCGCUGAAUGGAAGGACGGACUGAACGAAUCCUGGGCCGACCUCCUGGAGUUGAUGGAGACCCGUAGACAGAUGCUGGCCGCAUCCCACCAGCUCCACAAGUUCUUCACUGACUGCAAAGAGGUUUUGGCACAGAUUGCAGGGAAGAUGAAGCAGCUGCCAGAGGUGAGGGCAUGCCAAGCCAACAUCACCAAUCCAGCCACCCUGCAGAGACUUAUGCACUCUUUUGAGCAUGCCCUUCAACUGUUAGUUACACAGGUACGACAACUCCAGGAGAACGCCGCGCAGCUGCGUACUAUUUACGCUGGCGAAAAGGCCGAGGCCAUUAUGCUCAAAGAGCACCAAGUGAUGGAAGCUUGGAAGGAGCUGUUAAGCUCUUGCGAGGCCAGUCGUGUCCAGGUCACCUCGGUGACAGACAAGGUGCAGUUCUUCUCAGUGGUGCGCGAAAAUCUCAUGUGGAUGGAAGGCAUCAUGGGCCAAAUUGGAUGGGACGAGCCUAGGGAUUUGACCGCAUUGGAGGUCAUGAUGAAACAACACCACGAGCAGAAAGUUAAAAUCGACGGCCGCAGCAAAACCAUCCAGCAGUGCGCGGAUCUCGGCAAGAUCCUCAUAGCUGCUGGCAACCCUGCGUCGGAGGAGAUUAAAGAGAAGUUGGAUGCGCUUCUGGCCAAGCAGAAGGAUCUUGUUGAGAAGUGGGACAAACACCAGGAACGCUUGCAACGCAAACAUGACAGAUUCCACUUUGCCCAAGAGACAGUAAGGGCAGAAGCCUGGCUGAAGGCAAAGGAGCCUCCAAUCACCUCCAAGCAGCCAGAGGGGGGACAGACCCCGGCCCAAAGCGACGAGGUGGAGCAGCUCAUCCUUCGCCACGAAGCCUUCCGCAAAGCUGCUGUAACCUGGAAAGAACGUUUCAGCUCUCUCCGCCAGCUUUCCGCAGCUGAGAAGAGAAAAGAGGAAGAGAAAAAGACGCCGCUGUCCAGUCGAAGGAUGUUCCCGCUAUCUUGCCUGACUCCCGGCGGCGGUUCCUCGUUGGGUUCCACUCCGUCGUUCAUGAGGCAGACGGUCCGCGCCCAAAUAGAAGCCACGCCCUUACCGACCAGCGUGGAACCGGCUGCCCCGACCCCGAGGCUGUCCUCGUCGCUCGGCAGCUACAAGCCGCUCAUAAACGGAUCGGGCUAUCACAGUUUGGAGCCGCAGGGUAGUGGAAAAUUGGUGAACCCCUCCUAUCUUGGGAUGAACCAUCAAGCCAUUGGAGGUGGGAGUGACUCUGCCUUUUCAGUGCUGACUUCCAAGUGUGGAGGACAAGACACUUCCACUCACCAUGUGAUAAACAACCAAACAAGUGAUGGUGCUGAGAACUCUGGCUACUUCGGACUGUCUGCGGCUUGCCUGGGCGGCUCCGGCGGGGGCGGCUACGCCAUGCAAAGCCAUCCGGGCGGUGGCCGCUUAGGAAGUUCGGGGAACCUGGCUCAGGAGCAAAGCAGUGGAGCCAUUCCUGGCUUCCUCCAGCAGCCCAAUAUGGGAAGUUCCGGUUACUUGACGCAACCUCCAAAUAUGGGAAGCUCCGGUUACUUGACGCAACCUCCAAAUAUGGGAAGCUCCGGUUACUUGACGCAACCUCAAAAUAUGGGAAGCUCCGGUUACUUGACGCAACCUCAAAAUAUGGGGAGUUCAGGAUACUUGGGACAACAUCCAAGUUUAGGGAGUUCAGGAUAUUUGGCCCCACAGCCACAUUUAGGGAGUUCAGGAUUUAUCGCUCAGAAUUACCACACCAGCGGAGGAGGAAUGGGUAGCUCGGGCUAUCUGGCACAAAAUCACUACAGCAGCGGAAGUCUGGGCAGUUCGGGAUACCUGGCGCCUAGCGGUGGCAUCAUGGACCCCAAAAUGGCUUACGCGUGGCAACACUUGAAAGCUGACUUCAUGCAACCCGGGAUCAAUCACAUCCACAAGGCUGUCAACCCCCUCCUCGAGGCCAGUCGAGUCCAGCGGGAACAGUACGGCGAUAUCCCCAUGGCGGACACCGUGGGCCCAGAAUCAGGACUGGAGCUACUCCACGGCCGUCUCCAGAGGGAUCCCCGGGGCAGCCGCUCAGACCCUCAGAUGGACCACCUGAGACGAGAGAGGGAAUACAAACUGGGGAGACAAACGUCCAGCGAGCAGGAGAUCCAAGCCAGGCUGAAUGAGCUUCCCAUGAUCGUGCGCCAGGAACGCUACCGGAGACGCUUGGAGAGGCAGUCGUCGAGUGAGCAGGAGGGGAGCGGCAAGCAGAGGCUGCACCGACAAGACUCCAGUGACCUGGAGGGUUCUGUUAAAGAUGGCUCUGACAAACGCUCAGGGGAAAAGAGAUCGACAAUGGCCGAAAUUGUCGAACAAGUCCAGGAGCGAGAAGCAGCCCAGGCCAGAGGAGAACCUUAUCGUCCUCCGAGCAGCCUCUCAGCUCCAGUCACGCGCUUUGACGGUCGCCCUCGCGCUCGAGACCGACCCAAACCCAGGAGGAGGCCCCGCCCGAAAGAACCCGAGGAAAGUCGGCGCUCUCGAUCGGCUCCGGCCACCGGCGCCCCGACCACGCCCCAGCCGCCGUCACACACGGCACACAACGAAGGAUUCCUGUAUCGCAAAAAGGCCACCAGCUCUGAUCUCGAAGCUCAGCAGAGAAGCCCCACCAGCAAAUCCUGGGUGAAUGUCUAUUGCGUGCUGAAAGAGGGCAAGCUGACCUUCUACAAGGACGCCAGGAAUCACAACACAACAUAUAACGGAGAGCCAUCGGUUGACCUUUCCAACUGCUCCUUUGAUCCUUCUUUGGGAUACAAGAAAAAGAAGAACGUCUUCAUUCUUCAAGUCAACGAUGGAAAUAAUUUAUUAGUAUUCCAUGCAAAAGAUGAGGAUGAUCUGAAGGCUUGGACUUCCAACAUCACCACCUGUAUAGCUGAGCACGAGGCCAUGGCCGAGUGGGACAAACCCGGCACUUCGGGCAUGGACCAUGACCGUUCGGAGAGGAAGGAGAGGUCCGAAGGCGACGCCGACGCCAGGUCCGAGAGAUCGGAGCUCGUGGGCGAGGAGCGAUCCGAAAAGGAGAGGUCAGAGAAAGGGGACGGCUCCGACAAGUUAGACACGUCUGAAAUCGCUGACAAGCUGGAGGGUGGGGCGGGGGGCUCCAGCACAUCUGGAAAGAGCAAAUGAAGAAAGAGUCUUGCUGACAAUUCAUUGCUGGUUGCUUGUAUGAAUGGGAAGGAAGCAUGUUUGCAGAGUUGGAACACACCGCCCUCCCGUGGACAAGGUUAUCAUCCUAACUCAUCCAUCCAUCUCCCAGCCAACCUCCCCAAAACCCAAAGCAGUGCAGCAGUGCUUGCUCUGCGCCACCUAGUGGUGGGGGCUUGCCAUUGUUUCAUCUAUUGGCUUCAUAUGUUUCAGUGACUGAUUUCACCAUGUCUGUCGGUCUGUCUGUCUGUCUAUCGGUCGG